AUGCUGGAGGGAAAUGGAGAAGAUUUAUGCGUGUCGGCAUCGGGCGAAUCGCAAGACUUCUCAGGAAUCCCUCAUAACGGAGACGAGAAAACGUUUGGGAAAGCGCUUCAAGCACUUCCGUGUAACACUGCUGGACACGACAAAGGAGGACACGCUGAAUUGGACGAAGUAUCCGUUUGGACCUCAAAGCACCACGCCGGGGGGCAGCAGCAGCUUUGUCCGGCUAUGGGCAAGUAUUUGCCCAUGGACGACGUUUUGAGAUUGUCGCUUGCGCUUAUUCCGGCCUUUGUUUAA